AUGGCUGAAGCCAACCUCGACUUGGCUUCGCGAAUCAAAGCUACCAUCAAAGAACCACAUGGCGUGGUAAACCACCUGAAUACCGCUCGCAUACCCCUAUGUUUGCCGCCCCAAGCGAAUACAUCCGGUCUUUACAGUCUAGGAUUUUCCCGAUACGCGCAGAUCUACCUUGGAUUCGAAGAAAUAUGGCAUUCCAUCAUCGGCGAUUACGCGGACUGGCCUACCGCGAGUGAGAUCGGUGACGACCCGACGGUCUUUUCCAGUGACGAGGAGAGGAUCAAGGCCAUCUUACGGUUUCUGUACAUGCCCGAACUCUACAGGACCCGACGCCUAGAGUCUGACUUUGCCGCGCUUGACUCGCUGGAUCCCAGUUUCGCCAGUCUCGACACCGGGAAGGACAAUGCCGGCGCUGAGUUCCGGCAAUACAUCAAACAGCGCAUACCGGAGAACCCUCAUCUACUUGUUGCAUAUAUCUGGAUCAUGUACCAGGCUCUCUUCAACGGAGGGCGAUUCAUCCGGGGUCAACUCCUCAAGGCCGGGCCCGAGUUCUGGGGGCUGUCACCAAAGGAAAUGGACCCGACCAACUUCCCUUCACCACUCUCAUUUUGGUGUGUCGAGGGUGAUGACGCUGUAAGGAUGGAAUUCAGGAAGCGGGUCUUAAAGGCAGAUAAGAUAUUGACGGAGACUGAGCGACGGGAAAUCUUGGACGAAGCGCUAGAGAUUUUUCGCCGAUGCGAGCUCAUUACGUUGCAGCUUGAUGAGCAAGCUACUACUGCACUCCAAUAA